CUUGUAUCGCAAUUGUGGUCACUAACUUCCUCGCUGUAUACGCAUCAAGCGCACUGUCGUCCGGCGUCACCGCCGAGAACGCCUCAUCGCUGCUGCGACGCUCUCACCGCUUCCACCCAAUAACCAGACUGGCAAAAGCGAUGACGACUCAUCAGCAACGCCACACACCCGGUACAGCGAUGAACGACAAUAAGGUCGAGGUGCUCUUUGAGAACGGCGUCUAUUACGAGGGCUUUGUUACGGGUGUAAUGGAAAAUGAAGUUCUAGUUUCUUUUCCCGAUGAUUGGUAUCCUGAAACUAAAUUCAACUAUGACAAUGUUCGACUACCCUUGUCAGAUGAGCAAUGUAGUUCAGAGUUUACUGUCAAUCAAGAAAUAGAAGUAAAAUCGGUCAGAGAACCUCAUCCUUGUUAUGGAUGGGUAAAAUCAGUAAUAAAAAUUAUCAGUGGUAACCCACAAUCCCAGUUCGUCGUUCAAUAUUUGAACUCAACAGCUGAAGAAAUAGUCUCUUCUGAUAAAAUCAGAUGCAGUAACAUAAAUUCACACAUUAAUGGAAAUACAUUUUACACAAUUGAUAUUGAUGUACCUGAAGGUGUUAGAGAACAUGCUAAAAUCGAUGGUAUCCAUAAAAAUCUACAGAUGGCAAUUGGCGCCUCCCUGGUCUUAUAUAAUCCUGAUCAAUCAGUAUUGAGUGUUAUAUCUCGUUCACCAUUGACCAGUAAAAAAACAUUGAUGUUAGCUGACAUGCACUUUAGAAAACUGAACUACAAUGUUAUGUUGCUUAAGAGGACUGAAGAGUUAGCCAAGCAACUGGAAAGCUCCAAGCUAAAUAUUGCAUCAUCACCUUAUACUGAUGAAUUUAAUGUACUUGAUGAACUUAUGGGUUUGGCUAUUGGAGCUCGUGGCACUAAUAUUGAACGAGCUCGCAGGAUUGACGGUAUUACAAAUAUUGAAUUAGAUAAACAUACUGGCGUUUUUAAAAUUUAUGGAGAUAACAAAGAUGCUGUAAAGAAAGCUCGAAGAAUUUUAGAGUAUAAGAAAAAAUUUCUUCAAGUUCAGAGAGAUUUCAUUGGAAAAUUAAUUGGUAAAAACGGUAGUAACAUCAAAGAUAUCAUUGCGAAAAGCGGAGUGAUCAAAAUAGAAAUUGAAGGUGAUAAUGAACUACAACCUAACAUUCCACGUAAAUAGGGUUAUGUUCUCUUUGCAAUUGUUGGCACUGUAGAAAGCAUAUUUACUGCUAAAGUUCUAAUAAAACAGAUUAAAAAACUUGAACAAAAUAGGAAAGAAACACAAAUGGAAAUGGCGAUGCAAUGGCGAAACAAUCGGUAAAAUAUACUCGUGUUACUAGGCGGCGCUCAAAACUUGUACGAUCUCGAGCAUUCCCACCACUAAAUCUGCUUAUACGCUGGCUGCCAUCAACUCUGGCCGUCGCCACCGUCGUCUCGACAACUAUAGGGUAAAGUGGGAAAAAUAUGGGUACGGAAACGCGGAGCUCGUUCAUUUGGAUGCGUCAACGAGUAGCACUCUCUGAAUGGCACUAGUUAACCUUAAUGCUGACAGCGAAAACGUGAAAAAUGGGCCAAGUAAGUCUAAAGGAAGAAAAAGUAACAGGCGUAGACGUGGUGAAGACGAGAGUGAAUGAACAUUUAUUGAAAAAAAAAAAAAUAAUAAUAAUGAUAAACGAUUUUUGGUUUUAAACAGUUUGAUAAGUUAGAUACAAUGUUUCAAUUUUUUAUACAACUUUAAUUUAAUUUUAAUUCAAAAAUAUGUAUAUAUUUAAUAAUAAUAUUAUGCUAUGUACUGUUAUCUGUCAACUGUUUGUAUCUUAUGCGUUGGACAAAUUUAAAAAAAACACAUAGUACAUUCUAUUCAAUAAUGUAAGUAGAGAAUUAGUGUUACACUAUUUAUAAUACGUAAAAUAUAUUUAUUUAUAUAAACACCUA